AUGACAACAGGAAAGCAUGAUAGAAGUGCCAAUGAUAGUAAAGGAAAGGAGAAGAAAAGACAGAACUCCGAUACAUCUAGCUCUGAAGAUGAAUGCGAGAAGGUUCUUGCUCAGGCGGUACACGACGAAAUGCGGGAGCCCAGGAAAUCAAAGAAUUUAGAAGAGAAGAAAGCGGAAAGGAGAACUGAAGGUGACAAGAUUGAUCUCUCAAAACGGAUAAGUACAUCAGGAUCGGAUAGAGCUGAGAGUGAUGGUAGCGAGGAUGAUCAAACGGGAAAAUCUGCAGUACAACAAUGUACAGAAAGUUUACAAGGGGACACUGACUUCUUACACUUAAAUAUACAGCCAGCAGUUGUGCAGGAAUUAAACCAUGAAACUUUGAAAGAAUCACAAAAUAUGAACGAAGAAAAUCCUAUCAUACAAGUUAAUAAAAAUAAUAUGGGGAUGGAAAUAAUUUCUGAUUGUUUUUCAGCUGUAAAAUAUACACCAAGUGAUCCUAAGGACGUUUUUCUGCUAAGUGAAGGUCAUGCCAUACAUUUACAAGAAUUACAGGAUGAGAAGGGGAUAGCAUUAUUACAGGAAUUACAGGAUGAAAAUGAGAAAGAAUUAUUACAAGAAUUACAGGAUGAAAAUGGGAAAGAAUUAUUAAAAGAAAUAGAACCUUCCAAUGAUGAAGACCCUGAUUUUAACAAAGAUGACGAAGACCCUGAUUUUAACCCUCACAGAGAAGAUGACGAGUACCCUGAUAACAGCAGCAGCGAUACCAAUGGCGAUAAUAAUGGAGAACAAAUAAACACAAAAAAAACCAGAAAACGGAUUAGGGACGAAAAUACAUGGAAGAGAAAUUUAAAGAAGAAGAAAAUAAAUUCAGGCCAAGAGUAUACGUCACGACUUGGUAAGUUACACCGAGCAAAAACGGUAAAGCCCCCGUGUGACGAGCAUUGUUUAUACAAAUGUACUGUAAAUAUUUCAAAAGAAAAAAGACUGUUGAUAUUUCAGCAGUUUUACAGCUUGGCUGAUAAAACCAGACAACGGGAUUUCAUAUUAAAGUGUAUGAAAACAAUUACCCCAAAAGCGACAACACAGAAUCUACAGGAAAAUGAGCCAAAGCGUAGGAAAAAAAACCACGGGUAUUAUUUUGAAAUUGAUGAAACAGAUAUUCGAGCCUGUAAAAUUUUUUUUAUGGCAACAUUGGAUAUUUCUAACAAUACUAUAAGUACUGCAGUAAAAAAGGCACCCGACGGGUUUUUAGAAAAAGAAUUACGAGGGACGGGACAAAGUAGCAAUAAGACCUCUGAUAAUCUAACUAGAGAUGUUGAAGAUCACAUUAACAGUUUUCCUCGAGUGAAGAGUCACUAUUGCCGGGCUAGAACUGAAAAAGAAUAUGUAGAUGGUUCAUUGAAUGUCUCUUUAAUGUACAAAUUAUAUAAAGAAAAAUGUGAUCAAGACCAAAAACCAUUCGUUCAAGAAUCACUGUAUAGAAAGAUAUUUAACAAUAAAUUUAAUAUUUCAUUCUUCCAGCCAAAAAAAGAUCAGUGUUCAUUUUGUGUCAUUUAUGAAAAACAUAGUUCUGAGACUGAAAAGGAGUUGAAAAAUAAUGAAUACGAUACACAUAAAGAAAAUGUACGCAUCUCACGCUUGGAAAAAGAAGGAGACAAAAACCAGUUUAUGCUUGAAAAAGACGUAGUACUAGCUACCUUUGAUUUACAAGCAGUGAUGCCACUUCCAAAUGGAAAUAUUUCGACCUUUUUUUAUAAAAGUAAAUUGAACGCCUACAAUUUCACUGUUUAUAAUGUUAAAAGUAAGGAGGGUAUUUGUUAUUUAUGGAACGAGAGUAUUGCCAAAAGAGGCGCCAUUGAAAUUGCAACCAGUGUUUGUAUCUUUUUGAAAGAUUACUGUCAGGGUAAAAAGGAGGAAAAAAUUUUAAUGUCAACAAUGAUGGCGAAAAAUGCCUUUGGCAAAAUGUCAUAUUGUUGCAAAAAUAUGCUCCAUCUUGCUAAGCGGCCGGACGGACUUAAAAAAAUCUACGAGACAACGACCAUGACAGACGUUCAGAGUGUGAUUCUUGAUGUUCACUUCGAUGCUCCCUUGAAAGGGGUCUGGGACUGUGUAUUUAAGAGUGGUGCGCUAACUAAACUGAAGUUAAUUCAGAGGACAGAAGAUGUAAAACCAAUGGCUAGGUUAAUUGUUUGGAAACAGCCAAAUCUGAUUUCAAUUAACGAAAUGGACCUGUACAUCGGGAUUUGUCAGGAUAGGUUCGAAUGCGGAUCCAUAAAAAGGGCGAAGAGAUAUUUGCAAGUUCACGUCACGAACUCACGAGUGAUAAGAAAAUCAUCACCAAGAAUGUUUGAUGGAAUAGUGUUAAGACAAUUCGUAGUUCCGGGAGUAGUAGAGCCUUUUACUAUGUAUGAAAAUCAGGACUCGUUAUCCGGGGAGGAAUUGGAAAGGGAAGAAGUUGACAAAAUCUUUGAAGAAAGAAAGAAGAGAUUUAGCGAAAAAGUUAAAGGAGGAACGAAGAUUAACAAAAUGACAACAGGAAAGCAUGAUAGAAGUGCCAAUGAUAGUAAAGGAAAGGAGAAGAAAAGACAGAACUCCGAUACAUCUAGCUCUGAAGAUGAAUGCGAGAAGGUUCUUGCUCAGGCGGUACACGACGAAAUGCGGGAGCCCAGGAAAUCAAAGAAUUUAGAAGAGAAGAAAGCGGAAAGGAGAACUGAAGGUGACAAGAUUGAUCUCUCAAAACGGAUAAGUACAUCAGGAUCGGAUAGAGCUGAGAGUGAUGGUAGCGAGGAUGAUCAAACGGGAAAAUCUGGUAUAUUGAAAGUUGGUGAGGAUGACUACGUAAUAGCAGAACCCGAAAUUAUUGAUAAUGGCAGUACAACAAUGUACAGAAAGUUUACAAGGGGCACUGACUUCUUACACUUAAAUAUACAGCCAGCAGUUGUGCAGGAAUUAAACCAUGAAACUUUGAAAGAAUCACAAAAUAUGCAGCACUUAAACGAAGAAAAUCCUAUCAUACAAGUUAAUAAAAAUAAUAUGGGGAUGGAAAUAAUUUCUGAUAAGACCUAUGGUAAGGUAACGGUUUGGUUAUUUGGAGUUUCAUAG